GAUUUACUCAUUUCUAAACCGGAAGUUCCAGAUAUAGAUCAACUACUUGCAUCAGAAAGCAUGGCUGGCGAAGAAGAGGAACAGACUAAAACGCUCCAACCCCACUUAUCAAAACAGGAUGUAAAAACUCUGAACAUCGACAGAUUGACCCCUCUCACAGCAGAGGUCAUCAGUAGACAGGCCACCAUUAACAUCGGCACCAUUGGUCAUGUAGCCCAUGGAAAAUCAACAGUAGUGAAGGCCAUAUCUGGGGUUCAGACUGUCAGAUUUAAAAACGAGUUGGUCAGGAACAUUACCAUUAAACUAGGAUACGCUAAUGCAAAGAUAUAUAAAUGCAACAAUGAUUCGUGUCCCCGUCCCGGUUGCUACAGAUCGUGUGGGAGUUCCAAGGAAGACAACUUCCCAUGUGACAGACCAGGAUGUUCUGGGCGAUUUCAGGUCCAACGACAUGUAUCGUUUGUGGACUGUCCCGGUCACGACAUUCUUAUGGCCACCAUGUUGAAUGGAGCUGCUGUCAUGGAUGCUGCAUUACUAUUAAUAGCUGGGAAUGAAUCAUGUCCCCAGCCCCAGACCUCUGAGCAUCUGGCAGCAGUGGAGAUCAUGAAACUGAAGCACAUCCUGAUCCUACAGAACAAGAUUGACCUGGUCAAGGAGAGCCAGGCCAAGGAGCAGUACGAGCAGAUCCUGGCCUUUGUCAAAGGAACCAUCGCAGAAGGAGCACCUAUUAUACCCAUCUCAGCUCAGCUAAAGUACAACAUAGAUGUCAUUUGUGAAUACAUUAUCAAAAAGAUCCCUGUGCCUCUCAGAGAUUUCACAUCAGAGCCCAGACUCAUUGUUAUAAGAUCUUUUGACGUCAACAAACCUGGAAGUGAGGUGGAUGACCUAAAAGGGGGCGUGGCUGGAGGAAGUAUUCUGAAGGGUGUACUAAAGGUUGGUCAAGAAAUUGAGGUAAGACCAGGUAUUGUGGCUAAAGACCAGGAUGGUAAAUGGGCGUGUAAACCCAUAAGGUCAAGGAUUCUGUCACUGCUGGCUGAACAGAACGAUUUACAGUAUGCUGUGCCUGGUGGACUAAUUGGAGUUGGCACAAAGAUUGACCCCAUGCUCUGCAGGGCUGACCGAAUGGUGGGACAGGUUCUAGGGGCAGUCAGUGCUCUACCGGACAUCUACACAGAAAUCACCAUCUCUUUCUUCUUACUCAGGAGACUCCUGGGAGUCAAGACAGAGGGGGACAAGAAGGGGGCUAAGGUCCAGAAAUUGUCAAAGAAUGAAGUGUUGAUGGUGAAUAUUGGCUCCUUAUCAACCGGAGGCCGCGUUAUUGCAGUAAAGGCUGAUUUAGCUAAAGUCGGACUAACUAAUCCUGUCUGUACAGAGAUUGGAGAAAAAAUAGCACUAAGUAGACGUGUAGAAAAACAUUGGAGAUUGAUUGGCUGGGGACAAAUUCGACAAGGGAUUAAAGUUAAUCCUAUUGGACAAGAUGACUGAUAAUCUGAUGCUAACAAUAAUUCUAUUACUUUGGACAACAAAAAGCAUUACAUGUAGCUUCAGGGAUGGCUUCACUUUGAUCCACUUUAUGUCCUCUGAAAUGACUUCAAAGCGAUUUGCGUAUGCCAUACUUCAGCUAAAAUUGACAGAAUCACAAUGUACUGCAUGGUGCAUUGUUAAGUUAUUUACUGGAACUCUUGAUAUAUCUGUUGUAAAAUACUGUAAAUGUAUUAAAAAUACAAAUGCAAUAA